AUUAAACCGUACGGUUUUCGUAAUAAUACCCAACAACUGGCGUCCAUUUCAACUAUCAUACGAUCGUUUUGCUGUUGAAGUCUCUCGGUGUGCGCAUGCCAAAUGGCGUAGUGCAUGAGCAAUCGAGAGGAAGUGGCGGGUGAUCUGGGUCCGCACCUUUUCCGGUAACACAGCACCGCCACCGCUUUGACUGAACGACUGUAAGAGAGAGGCAAGAGCGGGGAGAAUCAACCUGGGGACCGGGGGUUGCCGCAGUUGGAGAGAGAGAGAAGAGAGAGGAAGAACGGAAAGUCGGAUGAAUCAAUUACCUUUUGAGCAUUCUAGACCUGGUUGUCCCGGCGAAGAUACGACUGGGGGUGAUCUUAUUUGUCUCCGGUACAAUGAACUCCCGAAUAGAAUCGUUAUUUUGAAUCCGCCGAUUGGAAUAAGGGCAAGGGGACAGCCGGCAGACAAGGAGGAAAUCGGAACUACUACGGGCUUUUGAGAGGGCCUACUUUCUUAAACGCAACUAUUAGGCUAUAUUUUUGGUAUUUCUUUCUACAUUAUUGAAAACACCAAGGUACGCACCGGGACCUGAAAUUUAGAUUCAAAUGAUAUCGGGUUGCUAGGCCAAUCGUUUGAAUCAAAAGGACUGAAUUAUAGUGUUGUGGAUUAUGAAAAUAUUUCCCCACCCUCUCCCGGCACCUAGACGUCAAAUUCUCAACCACUUCAAUUCCCUUUGCACACCUCUCAUAGUUCCUAGUUAUUUUCCGACAGCUGUUAAGGUAACGGAAUAUUUGUAUCUUUCAGUGAAUAAUUGUCCAUUGCUUGCCCGCCAUUCUAGACACAAUAGUAUCUGGAACAGUAGUUUGUAACUGCCACCGUCUUUUUUUUAAAGUAUACUUGUGUCAACCUACCGCUGAUAGACUGUCACGUGGACGUCUGCUGUCAGUCAACCUGCUACGGCAAUAUUAACGAAACCUGUAACUUUUUAAAAAAUAUCAAUUUCUGCUCUCUUGAAAUCAUAGGGAAGCAAUUUAGAUUUUUUUUCUAAGGAAGUGGAUGUUCAUGCACAGCCAACAAUAUGGGGAAAAUGCUCUCAAAGAUUUUUGGCAACAAGGAGAUGAGGAUAUUGAUGCUUGGACUUGAUGCUGCUGGCAAGACCACCAUCCUCUACAAGCUGAAGCUGGGCCAGUCCGUCACCACCAUUCCCACUGUCGGCUUCAACGUUGAGACGGUAACCUACAAAAACGUGAAGUUCAACGUGUGGGACGUCGGGGGCCAGGACAAGAUCCGGCCGCUGUGGAGGCACUACUACACCGGCACCCAGGGUCUCAUCUUCGUGGUGGACUGUGCCGACAGGGACCGGAUAGACGAGGCCCGCCAGGAGCUCCACCGGAUCAUCAACGACCGGGAGAUGCGAGACGCCAUCAUCCUGAUCUUCGCCAAUAAGCAGGACCUGCCCGACGCCAUGAAGCCCCACGAGAUCCAGGAGAAGCUGGGCCUGACCAGGAUCAGGGAUAGGAAUUGGUAUGUUCAGCCAUCGUGUGCUACCACCGGUGAUGGACUAUACGAGGGUCUGACCUGGCUCACCUCCAAUUACAAAUCUUAAUGUUCAUCACUGCUAUGUUCAGCCUGGACUGUUUAGUUACAACAAGCAAAAAAGAAGUGAAAUGAACAAGAUGGGAAAAUCAAUUAAUGAAUAAUAUGACUUCUCAGAUGAUUAAAUGAAAAGUUUGAUUCUACUUUUUUUCUUUUGAUAAUGACUUCCCUAUAACCCACAUUUUCUUUAUAAACAAAAAUACUAUUGUUUUUUUUGGCUGGCUUUUCUUUCAUACCUUUUCCCGCCUUGGCUCUGUAAUAUACUUCGCUCACGUUCUUGUCACUCAAUACUUUACUUUCAGAAGCUUUGAAAGAUGCGUAUUCAAAAACAAAAUCUCUUGUAUGAUGUUUUGGGGGAUGGCAGGGUUCUAUAGAUACGUUAGACAGCCUUUUCAUACAGUAUUCUCAUGUCCUAACUUCCACCCAAAAGAUGGGAAAUGCCCCUUUUGAGGAUGUUACCCAUUCAUAUCUGUGCUGGAAACAAAGGGGCAGCAUCAGCAUAUCAGUUCAACUGCCACCAUGUUUUUUUUUUAAGAAUUAAGAUGGUGUAUUAUGGACAUGUAAGGACCUAAUGAAGUACUUUUUUUACUGUUGAUUGAUUGUAAAAAUAAAACACUUUUUUUUUUUUUUUUUUUUUUGCUGAGAUUGAAGAAAAUGUGUUUGUACGUAACUCCUUAAACAGUGAUUCCAUCCAUGAUGUCUGCUAGGGAAGUUUUCUAAAAAGACACUAUAUGGAUGCUGGAGUAUAUGGAAACUGACAUGGAUGGAUAUUGUUGUAUUUUUGUUCUGUUUUCGGAUCAGAAUCUUUUACCACUGAUCUCGUUUUGCCUCUUCUUCCAAGCGCUUCCAUUUGCAGUUCUGGCUGGCUUUUGCGAAGCCCUGAGUUUAUAGGUGCACCAACAGACUGACAGCAUGGCGGAAAGCACGCUCAUAGCUGAGUCUGCACUGUAGGUGGGGGGGACUACCCUAUCCAUGAGAGGAUGGGAAGACACAUACUAUAGGCCCCUUGACUAAAAGUGCACACUUGACUCUUGACUGACUCUUGGACCCCAGUAAGUUUACUUUUCAACCCCCCCCCCACCACCACCACCAUACCACUUCAAUGGUGCUCUGCUCUCCAGUAACUGGGGCCUUUGCGCUGCUCAUUCACAUCAGCUGUACAGCUCGUGUCAGGCAAGACUGUACUUUCUGGUCAGUAUAGAUAAAUGCUUUGUUUUAUUUUUUUGUUCAAUUUGCUAUGCUGACUAAAUAAUAAAGAUAUCCAGAUCAA